AUGAAUCCCUUCAUGAAAGAAGAACAUCUGCAAGAUAUUCGAAAAAAAGUCACCGCAGAGCUAACCGAAAUAAAGAGAGCCACUCUUGAGAAGAUGAGGCAAAGGCUGAGAGAGGCAUUUGACCUAAUUCCGACGGAAGUGAAAGGGUUGCCAUUUCUAUCUCUUAUUGAGGGGCUUGAAAGAAACUACACGGGUAAAGCAGUGAUCCUUAAGAAAAAUGAAGGGAUAGUCUCCAGGAGGACUCCUAAAGACGUGAAGAAGAGGCCUUCUGUAAUGUUGCAGGUCGAAGAUCAAUCAUUUAUAUUUGACGGUGAUGGCCUUAAGGUUGUUGGGCCAUGGAAUGGAAAGGAGUAUAAGGGAAUGGUUGAGGAAAUUAACGGCAUACUUAAAAAGCACAUAACCAAACUAUAA